AUGGACCAGGUCGGUAGUCAGUUGACCCCAAUGAUGGGCAUUCGAAAGAGGAGCCCUGCUGCUCGCGAGGACCGGCUCAGCUUCUUUCAGGAGAUCAACCAGGAGCAGCUUUCAAAGUACCGCCCUGACCAGGUGGCUCACAUACUCAGGCAGCGUGAAAAUGUCCAGCUUGUUAUUCAGCGAGACAAGGUUCGCAAGAAUAGCGCCGCGAUACUCAGUCGCCUCGCUGAGCCUUAUGGGCUAGACAGCGCUUCAUGUAACAUUGGAUUCCAGAAGCCGUGGUUGUGCACUCCGCAAGAAGAGUGCCAGUACCGAGUAUGCCAAAGCUGUCGUCCUGGCUGUGCAGACCGCGCAUUUCUAAGCCUCAACGCCGUUGCCGAUGGCGAGGUGCCGCCGACUGCAGCAGCAGGCUACAGCUUCCACCUCCUUGGCCAGCGACCUGUCGUUGAUGCGAACGUGCUCACGGAUAUUGGCUGCCGUCCGGUUCCUCUGCCUCAAUCUUCACCCGCUCAAUCUACGCACGAUUCACGCGCAUCAACUAUGAGUGCCACGGACUGGAUCGACGCCCAGAUAGCUCGUGGGCGCCGUUUGUGGACAAGACAGGGAGAUGACGCCGAGAUCGAAGAGUACGAUGCUGAUUUUGACUGGUCUCUGACUCCCAAAGGAUCGGGAAACGUCGUGCAUUUAAAGUACUCUCCCAAGUGCGAGAAUCUGGAUGUGCUUGCAGAGGCUGCUGGAUCCGGCACGUUUGAUCCCCAGCAGUGGACACCUCCGCCGUCGCCAGUGAUUCACUUGAAUGAGACUGAUGACCGCAUCGAUGAUAUCGGCUGUUCCACUCCCUCGGAACAGGCUUCUUCCAGUCAGAUUGACAUGUUGCUCUCUGAAUCGGCAGUUUCGCAAACUUCGGCAAGUGGCCACCUUCGUGAGUUGAGCGUCGACGAGUCACCCCACGAAGCAACAAGUGCCGGAUCGACUCCUGUAUUGGGUGAACGAUUUCCUCCAUCUCCGCUCAAAGUGCAGCACGGGGUAGCCAUGCUAGAGGAGAGCGUCGAACUGGGGGUUCCAGAUGUCAUAACGCAGGCUUGA